UUUCCCAUUUCUCACACAACAACCGACCAUUCAGCUUUAAUUUGGUUCGAUCGAUCUAGCCAUUGCUUUCGAAUAAUAUUCGGCUACAAUACAUGAUGAGACAUUAUAAUGAUCAACAUACACCAUGAGUUACUUAGAAGUAAAUGGAAACAAUGAGACGUUUAAUUAACUUGGGAGUACAAAGCAUGCAAUACAAUGCAAAAAUAUACAGUAAAAUAAUCAUAAAACAGAGCAAAGGCAUAAUAAAUAUAUAUUAACGCACAUAUAAAAAGAAAGCACUGUUUUCAGAUCCUGAGCAUUAUGGAAAACUAUGUCUACCAGAAGUUUAAUUUUAAAUACGAGAGGGGCCGGACAAUAUACUAAAUAUAGCCACUUAAAUGUGUAGAAUUUGAAAUAAGAAUAAUCAGCCUGUAAACCAUUUGUGCUUUUAUUGUUCUUCUCGUGUUUAAAUAUUCCAAAGAAAACAUAUUUUAAAGAAAAUAGAUCCAAACACGUUCCAGUGUGAAUACAAGACCAAACAGUCGUUUCAGAAAUGGAUUCACUAUGACAGCUGGUAUCAACAACCCUCUCUGAAUUAAAAAAAGUUCUCCUUUCACCUUAUUUAACAGGUCAUGCUCCAAACAUUUUAUUCCAAUGUAUGUGUUCAGCUGUUUUAUCUCAGUAUGAUAUUAGAGACGGUGCAGCAUCUUGUUGAAAAGGUUUCCUUGUUGAAACUAACAUAGAAACAACAGGAACAGUCUAUCACAAUGAUAGUAAACAUCCUAAAGCAAUAGUAUCAAAAACAAAAGUGAUUUAUUUUGGUCUUAUUGUUAUUAGAUACUUACAUUGCCAUACAGCUCGUUUGGUUUAAGUAACUGCCGAGACAGCCCAACAGUUGUUGAAGCCAAUUCUCAAAUAGAUAAGAAUAUUCAUUCCUUAUUAUUAUUUAUUAUAAUUAUAAAGACUCUAGCACCCUCUUGUGGCCAAUUUAUGGAAUAACGUCUCCUCCCAUUUUGUCACUUCACAUUUUGUUCAACCAAAGCCUCAGAUCAGAAGUUUAACUAAAAUGGCAUUCAUCUCACUCUUUUACUCUUUUAACACUUGAAAACAAAAUUGUAAACAGUUACAGUAAAAAUGAUUUAACAAAAAUGAGGAAUAAAAAUAAAGAUUCUGCGAAAGCCUUUUUAUAGUCGAUAGCCUACACUAGUACUUGGUUAAAUUGUGUGGAACUGUCUUUUAGACAGGUACAUAUAAAGCUAAAAGUUGUACUUUAAUCAUCUAACAGCAAAGAGAGAGACACACCUCAACAAAACCCCGGAAUCUGGUGACUCUCAUAAAACAAUGGGCGGGGACAGGAUGGAGUGGAGGUGUCCUCUGUUGAGUAGUGGAAUGAUGUUGCAGCAGGCUAACCAAUGAGGAAGAGGCUGAGAUAAUGGUACUUCUGUUCCAGUACACAGUUUCAGAGUGAAAAAUAAUAAUUUGGAAAGAAAAGCAUUGAGGAUGAACAAAAUGUGCCAUUUAGCAUGGGAGAGUUAAGUAAGGUGGUGGUGAGGAAUACUGCACCAGGGAAAUGUAGGAAUGAUUAAAGUGUGGAAGAAAGAAGAAUCCCAAAUCGGACCCUGUAGGAGUCAACUAGCUCCAGAAGGUGGCAGUAGUGCAACAUUAAGGAUGUAAGCUGCCGUUAAAAACCAACGAAGAAGACGAAGACUGACUUUUUUUUUUGAAGACGCCAUAUAUCAUCCAUGCCAUCACAUGCCUCAUAGUUUGUAGCUAAUCCGAGCCAUUUAGUUUGAAGAAUAAUAAAGUACAGAGUCGAGACUUGAAACGCAGAGGCAUUGCGCCGGUAAAUAGAGCACAUGGAAGGCGUUAAGAUGCCUGGUCGACUUGACGGCUUGAGGCCCAGAAAGAGGAAGAGCAGCUCCAGAAAGGCUUCGACUCCAAGAAGUGGAUGUACGAAAAGUCCAAAGACGCAGCCGGCAGCAGAGAGCAGCUCGGUGGUCGGCGUUUGCAGCAAAGCGGACGUUCCUCUGGAGAGGCUCUCUCACAUCAGCUGUGAAUGCCACCAGCUGUCAGGCAGGAGGAGGUGCUCGGCGUCACCGGAGCUUGAGGGACAGGAGGGCAAAGAAAACGAACUGAGGACGAGGCCGGAACUGGACAGCCCCAGAGUGAAGGAGUCCGAGGACAUGGACUGUGAGGAAACCAGCAAAAACAUCUUCCCGGAUGACGACAGCAAUCAGAUUCUUCCCGUGGAGCAGUUCUUUGGAAACUUGGACGCAGUACAGGACUUCCCUCAGAGAUCGUCGGAGACCUGCUCCCGUGUGCGAGGGGAGCACAGGAGGCGACAUUACUACGCACCAGAGGCCAGCGACGAAGAGGGCGGCCUCCUCAGUAUGAAGGGGGACGACAGAGCGGACACUUAGUGAAGAGGAGCUGCACUCAGAAAGUCAUGCCCUGUGGAAGCACAUAAAACUCUCAGCACUCAAGAAAAAGCAGCCAAAAAUUGAACUACUAUUGAGAUUCAGUCGUUCCUUAAAUCAUAACGCCGUCACACAUAAAGCAUGUGUGUGACGAUGCUCCCGAUUCACCGGUGAUGAAGUUACUCGCUACGACGCGAGUGAGUUAGGCAUGAACUGUUGCUGGAGCCGACUCUGCGGUUGGCCUCGCCAUCAUUUACAAGUCGUCGUCGUUUAGCAGUUUACCACCGGUAGUUCUGACUCUGUUGAAAGCUUUAACACGUUGUUGGUGGUAAAUCGGUAGUUGAUGACUCGACAAGGACACGCCAAACGCACAGAAAACGCCAAAUUGUUUUCACUUAGCUUGAUACCCGAAUAUCUUAUUUCAUUUGAUACUUUUUAAUAUGGUUACAGCACUGGGACACGUAUAAUAGUGCCUGUUUUAUUUAUUGCUGAAUUUAUGCUCACAUCCCCCCCAUUGUUCAGUCAACUUUGGUUUUGCCUGAGGGGGGGGGGGUUGUUGGCAGCACUUUAUUUAGAUAAGGAUCAGGCUACAGAACACACUGCUUCAUACUUUCAGUGCAUGCUUUGAAGUUUGAGAUUAGCCUUGAGAAAUGUCAAAACAGCACUAAUAAAAACGGGGAAAAAACAAUCUCCAAAUUACAAGUUGUUAUAUAUGUGGAGAGGAAGGAGUGUACACGCGUCAAAGAGCAGUUCCAUAUUGAGAGCUUUUAAUAUCAAAUUCAGCGUUUUGAGGUGAAUGUCAUUGUUCACCAAGUGUCUAAUAUUCAUCGGCAACACAUCUUUGCCCAGUUUGUUUUUUGGCAGCUGCUUAACUGCACUACACAUCUGUAACAUAUAUACAUAUACAUAUAUAUUUACAUAUAUAUUAAUGCAGCUGUUAGGUUCAUGAUAGGCUGUAAGAAAAAGAAAACCUGGACUAAAAUCGUUGAGGUCUGUGAUCGGUCUUCAGCAUGUGAGUGAAGUGAUGAUUACUUAAGCCUGACUUAGACGAAAUGGCAUCUACUCUUCUAACUUUGAGGUAAUUGCACUAGUGCUGUUCACUCCUAUGCAAGUUUCUGACUGAGUGAACGCCGCGUUGUAAUCAAUUCAUGUAUUCUUACAUCACCGUGCCAACAAAGACAAAAAUAAAUGUUUUUCAUGA